CAAAAGACCAUCCCCUCACCCCUCUCUCCCUCAUUCCUCUCGGCCAGCACCAACCCCAGCAAGAAAAGAAAAUCUCCAUCUCCCUUUUCCCAUCCUUGAAGAGAGCUCAAGCAAUAGAAGUCCAAGGGGAAAGUUUAAAAGAAGAAAAAAAGCUAGGAAAAGUGAGAAAGAUUAAGGAACUUGAUUAAAGUACUUUGGAGCUUCGCCGGAGUUUUGCCGGAGUUGGUCAAAGUUGGCCGGAGUUGGUCAAAGUUCACCGGAAAUAGUCAAAGUUCAACCGCGGAGCGUAGAACACGCUUAAGCUCACUUAAGGAACAUUUGAGGGUCAGUAGAGAAGGGUUUGAAGUGAAGGAAUUUUGGUUAGAGGGCUUGGAAUUCUUCUAUUGCCGCUAGACGAUCCAGGUUGAGAGCGGCCAUGGUGAUUUUGGGCGAAGGAUCAAGAGAAUAAGGGGGCAUCUUGCUGCAUCCUCACACAUUUCAUUUCAUGAUUCUUUUCUUUCUUUUUCAAAUAAAUUGGUGACACAAUUUACAUAGUUCAAUUUGCUGUGCGUGGAGAGUAAGGUCUCUCAAGUGUUUGACUUGAAUAUUCCGUUGCAAGACUUAUAUUUUACUUCUGAAUUUAAAACUCGCUAACACUCAACCGAUUCGAGAUGGGAUGAACUAGGAGAAUCACCCGGGUUGUAUCGGGUGGGUGUUACAUUUUGGUAUCAAAGCCAGGUUCUUAUUUUGUAUAUAUAUAUACAUAUAUAUUGUGUCUUUUGAAAGAAAAGAAAUUUAAAUUGUUUUCGAAGUGAGCUGCAUUUGGAUGCCCGUCUCUUUGUCCCGCCAUGGUCUAGCUUGGUAAGUUUUUGAACUUUAGAUUAAAUUGAACACUUUGAUCCGUAGGUUUCCGAUGUCUUCUGAAGAUCCCUCUGAGCAUUCUGCAAGCUAUCAUGUUGGCAGUAAUGCCAGCGGUCACAAUGAAAAUGCAGGUGAUCACUUCCAACCCAAUCCGUUCCUAGCUGAGUUGGCCGGGUUGUUUCAGCAACUCAUUCAAAAUGUUACGCCAAACCAGGAUGUUGGACCUCGUGUGUUCACCCUUGAAAAGCUGAAAAAGAAUGGGGCCUCUAUUUUUCUAGGAAAAAUAGAUGACACUCCUGACGUCGCAGAAUUUUGGCUCGAACAAACCACUCGUGUGCUUGAGGAUUUGCAAGUCCCACAAGCUGACCGUCCCCGUUUAGCCAUCAGCUUGCUACAGCACGGUGCUUACGAUUGGUGGAAAUCCGUACUGCUACGCCCUGAUGUACCCCACCCUAUGACUUGGGCAUUUUUUGAAGCUCGCUUUUUAGACCAGUUCGUUCCGGCCUGGUAUCAAGAGGAGCGUAAACGAGCUUUCAUGGAUGUAAAACAAGGAUCCAUGUCUGUGAGUGAGUAUGCUUAUGAGUUUUUACGACUUAGUAAGUAUGCUCGAGACAUGGUGCGCACAGAAGAGGACAAAUGUCGCAAGUAUGAGUACGGGCUCAAUUCAGAGGUUGCUGGCCAAAUCAUAGCUAUGAGGCAUAUGAGUUUCACGAGUUUGGUGGAUUCCGCUCAGAGAUUGGAAGGUUGGCACCGUCACAUUGGAGGCCGAGGGAAUUCAUCUACUGAUGCACCCUCUGGUCAAUCUUCGCACAAGAGACAACAUGGAGGAUCUGAGAAGAGCAAUUGGUCAAAGAAGGGAUGUAACUCCCAGAAUCAAUCUAUCGUCGCAAGUAACCAGCCCCGUCCACAGGCAUCCUCAGUUGGGGCUAGGCCGCUAUGCAAGUUUUGUGAAAAGAACCAUACUGGAGAGUGUCGUCGAGCUACAGGUGCAUGUUUCCGAUGCGGACAACAAGGCCACAUGUUACGAGAUUGCCCAAAUCUGAAUCAGGAAGGAGUUAAGGCAGCAACGUCGACCACACCGGGUUCGCGAGGCCAGCCAAACAGAAAGGGCAACAAUACGGGAGGAAACUCAGAGACAGUUAAUCGACCCGGUCCAAGUCAAGCCUCCGCUCGAGUCUAUGCCAUGCACGGAAGGGAGGAGCAACCUGACCAUGAUGUUAUCCAGGGUUGAGAGCGGCCAUGGUGAUUUUGGGCGAAGGAUCAAGAGAAUAAGGGGGCAUCUUGCUGCAUCCUCACACAUUUCAUUUCAUGAUUCUUUUCUUUCUUUUUCAAAUAAAUUGGUGACACAAUUUACAUAGUUCAAUUUGCUGUGCGUGGAGAGUAAGGUCUCUCAAGUGUUUGACUUGAAUAUUCCGUUGCAAGACUUAUAUUUUACUUCUGAAUUUAAAAGUAAAUGACUUAUUUUUUUUUUUACUAAAGAGUUAA